CCUCCCUCUCCCUCCUCUGCAUCCUACCACUCCUCCCGUCUACUCUCUCCUCUCCAGAUUUCCUCUGAUACUCCUCGCCGCAUCUGCUGGUUAGCUCGAGCUAUCUGCCCGGCGAUCGAGUUGAAGGUCGUUGAAGAACAUUUCGGAGGUUGGCAGUAACCUUCGGUUGUUGGAAGAUGUAUCGGGCAAAGAGAGCGGCACUGUCACCCAAGGUGAAGCGCCGUGUCGGCAAGUACGAGCUCGGCCGCACCAUCGGGGAAGGAACCUUUGCCAAGGUCAGGUUCGCGAAGAACACCGAAACCAUGGAGCCUGUUGCCAUCAAGAUCCUCGAAAAGGAGAAGGUUCAAAAGCUCAGAUUGGUUGAACAGAUUAGGCGCGAAAUUUGCACGAUGAAGUUAAUAAAGCAUCCCAAUGUUGUUCGACUGCAUGAGGUCAUGGGAAGUAAAGCAAGAAUUUUCAUUGUUCUGGAAUAUAUUACUGGAGGAGAACUCUUUGAAACCAUUUAUACCAAUGGAAGGUUGAAAGAAGAGGAAGCACGCAAAUACUUUCAGCAACUGAUCAACGCCGUCGACUAUUGCCACAGUCGGGGUGUGUAUCACAGGGAUUUGAAGUUAGAGAAUUUGUUACUUGAUGCUGCUGGAAACCUGAAAGUGUCUGACUUUGGCUUAAGCGCUUUAACCGAGCAAGUGAAGGACGGGUUGCUGCACACGACAUGCGGAACUCCAAACUAUGUUGCCCCUGAGGUCAUUGAGGAUAGAGGUUAUGACGGUGCAGCUGCAGAUAUCUGGUCUUGUGGGGUCAUCCUUUUUAUUAUGCUUGCUGGGUUUUUACCUUUUGAGGAUGACAACAUCAUCGCCCUUUAUAAAAAGAUCACAGAGGCACAAUUUACCUGUCCCUCUUGGUUUUCUACUGGAGCUAAGAAGUUGAUUAGCAGAAUUCUGGACCCAAACCCUACAACUCGCAUCACCAUUGCUCAGAUUCUGGAAGACCCUUGGUUCAAAAAGGGAUUUAAGCCACCUGUUUUUGAUGAUAAGUAUGAAACCAGCUUCGAUGAUGUAUAUGCUGCAUUUGGAGACUCAGAGGACCAGCAUGUGAAAGAGGAAACUGAACUUAAGCCAACCUCAAUGAACGCAUUUGAAUUGAUUUCACUGAACCAGGGACUGAAUCUGGACAAUUUGUUUGAGACAAAGGAGGAGCAUAAAAGAGAGACAAGAUUCACCUCACAAUGCCCUCCAAAAGAGAUCAUAUCCAAGAUUGCAGAAGCUGCAAGGCCACUUGGAUUUGACAUUCAAAAGAAAAAUUACAAGAUGCGGAUGGAGAACCCGAAAGCAGGAAGGAAAGGCAAUCUCAAUGUUGCAACUGAGGUAUUUCAAGUAGCUCCAUCCCUACACGUGGUUGAGCUGAAAAAGGCGAAGGGGGAUACUCUGGAAUUUCAAAUGUUCUACAGAAGUCUUUCGACCCAGCUGAAAGACGUGGUUUGGAAGUGUGACGGUGAAGCCAAAGAUAACAUCGCGGCGGCAUGAAGCGGAAAGGCUCUUGUUUUUUCCUUGCACAUAGCUCGUCCGGGGUGAUGGACUGUGGGUGUUGGCUGCAGAAAUCAGCUCUGCAAACAAAAGUUCUUUCGUUCAUUUUGUUGAUGAGUAGGCUCCGAUGAGACAGCGGGCGCAAAGUCCGCUGUGGAAGAGCCUAUGGCUUCGUUAGUUCGCUUAUUCAUGGUACGGAACCAGAUUAAAUCGAGAGGAGAAGAUGAUGUAUUGUUCAAA